UGGAAAAAAAAACAUCACACACUACAGAACAAGAAAAUAUUCAUGUCAUGUGGUCGUGGAUGUGGAUGUGGUCUGUGUUUCUCCUACGAGUUUAUACAAACACCGAAAGAAAAACGACCAAACUGAAAAGGAAAAAAAAACCUUAAAUUAUCUUUAGUUCUAAUUGCGACUACUUUGUUUGGUAUCGUUCAAGGCUCGAGUUAUGUAUUUACUUGUCCAAUAAACGAAUUCCAUAGCACCGUGCAGAUUAGACUAUAAUUUAAGUCGUUUUAUUCGUUACUCGAGAAUUUUUCUUGGUUCCAGCCAAAAUUUGUUUGGUUUCAGGUGUGUCUCGUGUCAAAGCAGAUUGAAGCACUGGGCAGUUUGAAUUUGUUGGAGAUUGAUUUUCUUGAUAAGCAUUUUAUGAUGGGAACUUCUGAGGCAGCUCUGCAAAUUUUGUCUUCUGGAUGUCGCAUUUUAAGUUCUGAUCCAUAUGCUAGCAAUUUAGAUUGGAAAUUUGCUUCCAAAUUCCACAUUAAUUGUGUAAAGAAAAGGGCCUUGAGACAUAAGCAAUUGUUCAACUGUUCAAGUUUUCUACAGAAUCAGAUUGGAAUACAACGGUUAAAGAUGAUAGGUGACUAUGGUUUGUUUGGAAAUACAUCAGUGGAUAGCUUGCAGCUUCUGAGUUGUAAAUGCCAGCAGUCAGAAACUGUUGGUGGUUUAACUUCAGAAGAUGGAAAAGGAACCUGGUUUGUAGAUAGUGCAAGGGUAUUACACUUCAAUGGUGCAGUAAAUCCUACAAAUGUUUUGGAGUUUGGGAAUGUUCAGCAGAAACAAGGAAAUGGUGAGUUGACAUCUAAUGGUGCUGUUAAACAGGGAAAAGAGAGUUUGCCAACUGAUGGUGGUGCACUGGGUAUAGGCAGAGAUGCCUCUAACAAGGUUACCGUAGAUUCUAUUGAAGAUGAAGCUUGGAACCUGCUGCUCAAUUCUGUUGUUUAUUAUUGUGGCAGUCCGAUUGGAACAAUUGCUGCCAACGACCCUACUAGUUCCAAUGUGUUGAAUUAUGAUCAGGUCUUCAUUAGAGACUUUAUACCUUCUGGUAUUGCAUUUCUUUUGAAAGGAGAGUAUGAUAUAGUUCGGAAUUUCAUUCUUCACACACUUCAGUUGCAGAGCUGGGAGAAAACAAUGGACUGUCACAGUCCUGGCCAGGGAUUGAUGCCUGCUAGUUUCAAGGUGCGUACAGUUCCUCUAGAUGGUGAUGACUCAUCAACUGAAGAGGUAUUGGAUCCUGACUUUGGAGAGGCAGCAAUAGGUCGUGUUGCACCAGUUGAUUCUGGGUUAUGGUGGAUUAUCUUAUUACGCGCAUAUGGAAAAUGUUCUGGUGAUCUCUCUGUUCAGGAGAGGAUUGAUGUGCAGACUGGAAUUAAGAUGAUUCUGAGGCUAUGUCUAUCUGAUGGUUUUGACAUGUUCCCAACAUUGUUGGUGACUGAUGGUUCUUGCAUGAUAGAUCGACGGAUGGGAAUUCAUGGCCAUCCUCUAGAAAUCCAGGCACUUUUUUAUUCAGCACUACUUUGUGCUCGGGAGAUGCUUGCUCCUGAGGAUGGAUCGGCUGAUCUCAUCCGAGCUUUGACCAAUCGUUUAGUUGCUCUGUCAUUCCAUAUCAGAGAAUAUUAUUGGAUUGAUUUAAGAAAACUAAAUGAGAUUUAUCGUUACAAGACUGAAGAGUACUCUUAUGAUGCAGUUAAUAAGUUCAACAUUUAUCCGGAUCAGGUUUCUCCUUGGCUGGUGAAAUGGAUACCCAACCAAGGGGGCUAUCUAAUUGGCAACUUGCAACCAGCUCACAUGGACUUUAGAUUCUUCUCUCUUGGAAACUUAUGGUCUGUUGUAAGUGGUCUUGCUACAACAGAGCAGUCACAUGCCAUAUUGGAUCUCAUUGAAGCCAAGUGGAUAGAUCUGGUAGCAGACAUGCCAUUGAAGAUAUGUUAUCCUGCUCUUGAAGGCCAGGAGUGGCAGAUCAUCACAGGCAGUGAUCCUAAGAACACGCCUUGGUCUUACCACAAUGCAGGUUCUUGGCCAACUCUUCUUUGGCAGCUGACAGUUGCGUGCAUAAAGAUGAAUAGACCUGAAAUUGCUGCCAGAGCUAUUGAAGUUGCUGAAAGACGCAUAUCAUGGGACAAGUGGCCUGAAUAUUAUGAUACCAAAAGAGCAAGAUUUAUUGGAAAACAAGCACGCCUGUUCCAGACCUGGUCUAUUGCUGGAUACCUUGUGGCAAAGCUUUUGCUUGCAGACCCAUCUGCAGCUAAGAUGCUCAUAACUGAAGAGGAUCCAGAGCUUGUCAAUGCGUUCUCUUGCAUGAUCAGUGCUAACCCAAGAAGACAGCGUGGGAGAAAGAAUUCAAAACAGACCUACAUAGUUGACCAUGGUGAUUGUUCUUUGCUUCAUACCUUCUAUAUCGGAUAAAUGAAGUGCAACAAUUUUUUCGAAUAACUUGAUUUGACACAGGUAAGAUGUACUUGCUUUCAAGAUGUUUAUAUCUUUCUGUUCUGUGUUUUGCUCGCAUGAUUAGAUUGUGUAGCCCUUCUGUAGUUGAUUGAGGAUAUUGCUCUUCCAUGGGAGUUUUGCUUUUGCAGAUUGUUGACGAUAGUUCAGAUAAGAAAAAUGAACUAAUGUUUAAAUUUUUAAUCUGUAAUUUUGUAUUGCAAAUUAAUAUUCCUUCUAUAGAAUGUAUUAUAUUCACCAGAGACUCAUUCAAAGACCAUAAUUUCUUUUGAUACGAUUGGCUUUGACCGUGUUUGAAUUCAAAAUCUCGUAGCCUUGAGACGACUCCAGUACUAAUGAGAUAAAGCUCAUUGGUUCAAAGACCUAAUUUUUCACUGCAAUCAGUCUACUCGUAUGUUGCAACGUCUCCAGAGAUUUAAGCUCUCAUAUCAGUGUCAUACAGAUUUAGCAUCAGAGAAAUGCAUUACAUUCAUGAACAAGAUAGUGUGGUUCUGCAUGCUUUACACUUGACGCUAUUGGAUUCUGUUGUGAAUGUCCUAGAAACUACAUUCUGGAGACAGGUAACCUUGACUGAGCAAAUAAUCAAAUGCUUCUAAAGUCCCAGGUGAUGUUAUUAAUUAAUUAGCCUUGACAGUAACAGCUGGAAUUUUUCAAAUCCUGUAAAAAAAUUUCUAGACAGCUGCGUUUCAGUGAAGGACAAAUAAUAAGAACAAAAUUGUUUGAUUUAUGGUUUUGUGUAGAGGACAAACAAAUAAGAGCAAUGUUUGAUUUGUAGUAUGAUGUUUGUUCUCAUGCUAUGCUUUGUUUUCAUGUGAGGAUUUAAUGUUGUCAGCUAAUGCUGUAAUUAUUAUUUAUUUCC